AUGGCGCGCGUCGCCGUGCUCCAGCGCGCUCGUGGCCCUCCACGACUGCUCAGGCAGGCCGACAGCUUGGCAGCCUUCGAUCCCCGCCUGCAUGGCGUCAGGGUCACGGCUGUCGGCCGCGCGCUGCAGUCGCUGCCGCGCCGCCUCCUGCUCAGCUACCGGGCGAUCGAACCCUGCGCGGGCCUAGUGCUGGACGUCCAAUGCCUGGCUGCCGACCGCCACGUCCGCGAACGAUGCGUCACCAUCGCGAGGGCCAGGUCCAGCAGCAGGGCAGCCGUCGCCCUGCCCAAUAUCGGCGCCACAUGCCCCAGAAGCUGCAGGAGCAAAUGA